CCGUGCGGUUAUGCCCGCCGGAGUGCCGUGGCCCACCUACUUGAAGGCGCUGACGGCCAGCCUGCUGGCCAUGUUCGCGGGCGCCGAGGUGGUGCACAGGUACUACCGGCCCGACCUUAGCAUCCCUGAAGUACCUCCUAAGCCUGGGGAACUGCAAACAGAACUGUUGGGUCUAAAAAGCAGAUCAAGUGAUGUUCAGACUUCACAACAGCGAGCAGACUUUACUUGCGCUAUGAAAACCAGAACUGAUAAAACACUUGGUCAGCUGCCUCAACUGCAGAAAUCUAUGUGUGAAAUACUGUACUCCUUUCAUAAUUUUUUGUUUCCUUUAAACAGUUACAGGCAGUGGUAAAAAUAAAUGUACAGCAAAUACUGUUGUUGCAAGUC